AUGCAGAUCAACCCUGGCAGAACAAACCACCUGGAAACCUUCAAAAGUAUGCAGAAAAACUCAGAACCACUCAAAAAUGUGAACUCCCGCAUCUUGAUUGGAGCUCCUCCCACGAAAAAAAAACUGCUGACCAUUGGGAUUUCCUCAGUGCAGCAUCCCCAAAGAAGCUACCUCUUGGAUACCCUGCAGUCCCUCUUCUUUCCUUCCUCCCCAUCUGAGCUGAAGCACAUUAUCGUUCUGGUACACCUGGCAGAUCCUGACCCCAAGUGGCUUGAUCAAAUGGUCUCCAACAUCUCAAGCCUCUUUAAACCAUAUAUACAGGCCAGACAGCUAGUCGUGAUCAAUACUCCUCUUAAAAACUAUCUUCCCUUAAAGGACCCUAAGAAAAAGUUUAAUGACACUCCCGCCUACAUAGCCUUCCGCUCCAAGCAGAACAUGGAUUAUGCCUUCCUCAUGAACUUUGCUACCAACCAUUCUGACUAUUUCCUGAUGAUCGAAGAUGGCGUGAAAUGUGCCCCCGGAUUUGUUACCCAGAUUGCUACUAUACUGUCUGCCUGGGAAUACAAACCUUAUGUUACCCUGGAGUUCUCUGAGCUGGGCUUCACUGGAAAACUCUUUCGCACUAGAGACCUUCCCCGCUUUGUUCAUUUCCUUCUCCUCUUCUACCAGCAAAUGCCCUGUGACUACCUCCUUUCCCAUUUUCUUGACCUCCUCAUGAAGAAAAAACCAAUCCAGUUUUUCCCUUCGCUCUUCCAGUACAUGGACAAUUACUCCUCCUCUGAUGGCAAAUUCAGUAGCCUCAACAAUAAAGAGCUUGAGGAAAAUGACAUUGACUAUCCCAGCAACCCUGCUGCCUCCAUCUACACUAGCCUGCAGGUUGCCAACGGCUCUGUUGUCAUGAAUGCCUAUAGCCUGGAUGAGAAUUUCUUUUACACCAAGGAGGCUAAGGCUGGCAGCCAUCUCACUGUGGUUUUGAACAUACCCGCUAAAGUGAUCCAAGUUCAAGUGCUGACUGGCUCUGACCAAAAAGGGGAGAAUCAGUUGAAAGAGGGGCAAGUAGAACUGGGCUAUGAUACUUCUAACAGGUACAAUGACUGUGAUGACUAUAUCCUGCUGGGGUUUCUAGUAAAUGGUGUCCUGAAUAAGCAGGUAUUAUCUGAAGAGUCUGGGAAGAAGGUGAAAUGUGUGAGACUACUUGUGACAGCCCCUGCACCCUCUGGGAUAGUAGUCAGACACAUCAACCUAUGGAUUAAGUGA